AUGGUUUUGGUGACCGAUGCACUUGUUGUCCCUGGGAAAGGCCUUCAGCCGACCCUUCAGUCGGUCACUAUUGAAGAGCCGCUACCGGAUGAGGCUAUCGUCGAGAUCCACGCAGUAGGAAUAUGCCAUACUGACAUUUCGUGCAUGAACGGGAUAAUCCCUACGAGCUUUCCUGCUGUACUGGGCCAUGAAGGUGCCGGCGUCAUACUCAAAGUCGGCUCUGGCCUGCAAGAGUUUUCAAGCGGCGACAAGGUCCUGCUCAGCUUCAAUUCGUGUGGCACCUGCCAAGAUUGUCGUUUGGGGUAUUCAUCGUACUGUCAGAGUUAUGCGUCGCAAAACUUUGGUGGGCGACGGGAAGAUGGCACCCAGCCUUUGGCCUUAACCGGCUGCGGGACCAAGCUUUCCUGCAACUUCUUUGGGCAGAGCUCUUUUUCUAAGGUCGCCUUGGUGUCUGGCCGGUGCAUGGUCAAGGUGCCCAAGUCGACGGACCUGUCGCUCUUUGCUCCCCUCGGCUGCGGCAUACAGACCGGUGUAGGGACAGUCCUGAACACUCUGGAUGUUAGAGCAAACCAGAGUCUGGCUGUUUUCGGUGUUGGAGCUGUCGGAUUGUCUUGCAUUAUGGCUGCAAAACUUAGGGGAGCUGACCCCGUCAUCGCCAUCGAUGUGAGCCCAGCUCGACUCGAGCUUGCCAAGGAACUCGGAGCUACCCACACUAUUCUCAGUGCCGAUAAGGCAAUUGACCUUCCUGCAGAGAUCCGGAAAAUCAGCGGUGGAAAUGGUGUCUUUCGAGCCGCUGAUUGCUCCGGUGUCCCAGCGGUUAUCGAGCAAAUGAUUAGCUCCCUGGGAUCCAGAGGCAAAGCUGCGACCGUGGGAGCACCGGCUCCAGGUCGGUGUGUGAAGGUUGAGGUAUUUUCACACAUUGUAAAGGGGACACACUAUAUUGGAUGUUGCGAAGGGGACAGUGAUCCCGCCAAGAUGAUUCCAUAUUUGAUCGACGAGCAGUCUCGUGGUAACUUUCCGCUUGAGAAACUAGUUACGUUAUAUGAUGGGGUGAACUAUAAGAAAGCGUUUGAUAAUAUACAAAAGAGCCAGGUAAUUAAAGCUGUACUUGUAUGGAAAUAA